GAGGUCGCUUUCUGUAGCCGAUGCGCAGUAUCCUGCUGCUUUGGAGACGUGUAACAGACCUGCCUUUGCAGUCCAGGGUGGGGAGACGUGAAUUUUGGGCGAGAGGAAGGUGUGGAGUGGAAGAUACUGGUCCCCUUCUCAGCGCCUCAUUUCGCAAAAAGAACAGCGAGCUAGUGGCUGACAGAACAAAUGCGAUGUGGUCUGAGGAACGAUAUGACUAUGAAAGGCUUCCAAGAGAACGAGUGCCUCCUCGGAAUGACCCCAGUGAUGGCUACCAUAGAGUAGUUAAUAUUGUGCCAAAGAAACCACCACUGCUAGAAAAGAAACCUCCACUGCUAGAAAAGAAACCUCCACUGCUAGAAAAGAAACCACCACUGCUAGACAGACCUGGUGAAGGAGGCUACAGUAGAUAUUACAGUCAUGUUGCUUACCGAGAAUAUGACCAGGGCCGCAGUUUUUCUCACGAUCGAAGAAGUGGUCCACCUCACAGAGGAGAUGCAUCUGGUUAUAGAUGGUCAAGAGAUGAUCAUUCUGCAAGUCGACAGACUGACUACAGGGACAUGAGAGAUGGCUUUAGAAGGAAAAGUUUCUACUCUUCCCAUUAUGUGAGAGACCGGUCUCCUCAUAAAAGGGAUCCUCCUUUUUUCCGAGAAUCAUCUGUAGGCCGAAAGGACUCUCCACACAGCAGAUCUGGCUCCAGUGUCAGUAGUAGAAGCUACUCUCCAGACCGAAGCAAAAUGUACUCUUUCCAUCAGUCUCAACAUAGAAAGCCUGUGCGUCCCGGUGCCUGCUCCAAGCGGCAGAAUGAAGGAAAGCCAGAAAGAGGUAAAGAGAGACAAGUCCAGUCUUUGAAAACAUCAAGAGACACUUCACCCUCAAGUUCUUCAGCAGGUCCUUCGUCAAAGGUGUUAGAUAAACCCAACAGGCUAACUGAAAAGGAAUUUAUUGAAGCUGCGAGCAUGUCGGCUGCUGAAAAGCUGGAGAAGUCAAAUGACAGCAACUUGCCUGGGAUUUCUGAGUUCCAGGCCUUCUUUGGGUUCCUGCAAAGGCUGUGCGUCCCUACCAUGUGUAAUGAGUCGGGAAGCAAUCCUCUCCUGGAGCUCCAGAAGCUGGCAAUACAACUUCCCCCAGGAAUGAACAAAAAGAAGAAAAGGAUGGGUCCCCUGCCCUCUACGACACAUGCUUCAGGACCCACCUGGGGAGACAUUAAGAAGCUUACUAAUCAAGCCGAACAAACUCUCCAAAUCACAGGAACCCCCUCCACUCCUGAAAACCUGUUUCUUGCAACGAUAGCACAUAUCACAUCCAACUCCAAGGCUACACAGGUAAAAAGGUCCCUUAUUCUUUUGAGCUUGCUGGUACAUUUACCUCAAGUAAGUAAGUAAGUGGCGUGGUCUUCUGGGCCCAUGUUCUUACCCCACCUGUUUUUGACAUAGUCACAUGGCGAGAUCUGGUACAAACCCCACCCCCUUCUUCUAAAGAUACCUCUUAUACAGGCGGAACUUGGCUGCCACCUCCUGGCCCCUUGUGGGACUGUGAGAGGGACUGCAGCCACUCUGGCUAUUCUAAUGGGUGGCACCCGUUAACCCCAGGAGAGGUCCUUUUUGGCAGAAGAAUUUCCCUUGCCUGUGGUCACCAACAUCACUGAUAGUAGCUAUCACAUUCCCUUCUGGCCCCAGUAGUAUGUGAACUAUAUUUUCAUAGGAGGUAUUCAAAUGGAGGGAGCCUGUCAUCAGGCUUUUUUUUUAACAGUGCCAGAGUAGGAGGAGCCCCCUGGUCCAGCAGACACUUUCCCAAGCCCCGUAUUCCCUCCUGCUCUCACCCUUGGGUGCCCAUCUGAGAUGGCCCAGAUUUGGGAUGGGCCUCAUGUAGGUCACCAACCUACCGUUACCCCCUCUCUUACAGUUUGACUCUAGAAAAUCGGGGACCUCACAAUUUAGUAGUGCUAAAGUCUAGCUCUCCCUGGAAUUAUGCUUACCCUUUAUUCAUAGCAGCAGCUCAGCAUUAUGGAACCAUGGGCUCAGUGGGCCUUUACCGUGCCUCUCCUCAGGCACUUAUAUUUCUCCUCUUAAAAAAUCUCUGUGGCAUUUAGCUAUCCCCCUUUUCCCUUAUAUUCUCAGAAUUAGCAACUAUUGGCCCAUAAGUAAACUCAUCACAUGGGUUUCCAUGAUACCUCUGACCAUGUGAUGAUUCGAGCUCCCGCCCAUACAUUUUAGUCUAACAACUGACAUGUGCAGAAUACAGUUCUUCUAGCCACCCGAAAGCACUUAGUGUUACCCACCAGCUAAUGCUACAUGGCUCACUCCGUGUGUCACCAACCUUGAUAUUUCCCUAUUAAAUAUUACUCAUAUUGUGGUACCCAGACAACCCGCCAAAGUGUGGCUCCCCACUGUCCUCAUGAGAGAAUGGACAGGAAAUUCUGUCCUUGAACAAGUUACCUCAGCACUUGAACAUAGCAGAGAAAAACGUUUUCUUGGUAUUCUGAUUGCAGCCAUAGCACUAGCAGCCACAGUGGUGACCACAGCAGUUGCUUUGACCCAUUCCUUACAAAGUGCUCAAACUGGGCCAGGGAUUUAGAUCAGUGGUUCUGCCGCCUGCCUCGAAAGCACAAGGUCCUAAGUUCGAUCCCCAGUACCAAAAAAAACUAGUACAAACUUCUCAAACUAUGGACAGCUACUUUCAGAAUAUUACUUUGCCAAGCAUGCUGUCCUACACCUAUAGUCCUAGCACUCUGGAGGCCAAGGCAGGAAGAUCACCUGGAGUUCGAGACCAGCCUAGGGUACACAGUCUGAACUACAUGGCAAGACCCUGUCUCAAAGAAAAAAAAAGUUACCUGUGAGUUGCUGACACAGACCAGCAUUGACAAAGAAAUCUUACAACCUCCUGAUACUCUUGAGGCUGCUGUCAUUUGGCUCAGAGAGCACCAGUAGGCUGUUCGGACGUGCACUCGACUUAAUGUGAUGCAGGAUGUCACUUUGUGUGCAUAACACCCAUCCCGUUUAACAGCUGUGGUUCCUGGGAUGAGGUCCAAUGCAUGCUCCAUGGUGCUUUUCACACGGAUCUUACUGGGGAGAUUUCCUGUCUCCAAGGGCCAACUGAAGGCCCAGAUUCACAAACUUUAAAUGCAAGUUCACAACGUCACUUUAGACCAUCUUAAUGCUGUUGUCUACUGGCUCAACCCCCAAAACUGGCUCUCUGGCCUCAACUUUCAUAUCUGGAUACUUACUGCUAUAGGAAUAAUAUUUCUGUUGUGUUUUCUUGCAGUCCUAAAAGCUCUCUGUGUGCUGUUCCAACGAACGCAUUGUGCUGAGGCCAUGACAACUUCCUGCAGCAAGCCCAAUACCUGACUACAUUCCUCUUCUCCUCAAUCCCUAAUGCUUAAAACAAAAGAAGGGGAUACAUGAGACGGUUGGCCAGAGGAAUAAAUGAUUAAAGUCAUGAAGGAGGCUGUGGGGCAAAAGCACGCAGGCUCUGCAGUGUAUAGUUAACGAUUAAGAAAGGAGCCAGGUGUAGUGGUGCACACCUGUAAUCCCAGCACUGGGGAAGCUGAGGCAGGAGGGUCACUGUGAGUUCCAGGCCAGCCUGGGUUACAUAGUGAGUUCAGGAUCAGCCUGAACUGCAUAGUGAGACCCUCAAAAACAAAACAAAACAAAAGCAAAGAAAACAAACAAAAAAAAAUUAAGAAAGGAAUUGUGGGGCAAAAGCACGCAUGCUUUGGGAUGCAUGGUAAAGGUUGGGAAGCAUACUCGGCUCGACCUUCGACCUUUCCCUUCCCAAUAAAUUGCUCAGCUUCACAAAAAAAUGUUUUGUUCCAGGCCUUGUUCCUUGACACCCACACUGUUUAUCUUCCUGUGUUUCCCACGGUAAAAGCCAGAGAGUUCUCGGUUCAGCACAGGUCCCCUGAGACUGUGAGUGUGCACGGGAAAGUCGCUCUGGGCCUCUCCGUGUUUGGACCAAGUCUUGUCUGAGUACUCUUUUCAUUCUCCACUCCAUGAAUUUGACUGUACCACGUUCCUGCUAUAAAUGGAGCCACACAGUAUUUAUCCUCAUUUCACUUAACAUAAGAUCUUUGAGGCCCACUCACGUGUCUAGAGUUUCCUUCCUUUUUAGGGCUGAAUAAUAGUCCAGUAUGUGUAUAUGCUACUUUUAAUUACUUCCACCUUUUGGCUAUUACUACUCAUGCUUCUAGGAACAUGAGUAUAUAAAUAUUGCCUCUCUGCUUUCCAAUAUUUGAAUGCUUUUAAGCAUAUAACCGGAGUGAAAUUGCUGAGUUUUAUCAUAAUUCUAUGUUUAAUUCUUUGAGGAACUGCUGUACAAAUAAACCAUAGUCUUAAAACAA